AUGUCUUCUAGUAUAUUAAAACCCGUAGACGUAAAUAUUGAUAGAUCACCUGUGCGUAAACGAGCGCGGUAUGACGAAGAGGACGAUGAAUUUAAUAAACCCGAAGGAUGGAGUUUGAAUGUACAUAGAAAUAAGGUGUUAUUGCAUGAAGUUUUUGAUCAUGGGGUAGGCAGAUUGGAUUGUGAUGAUGAAGAAAUAUUCACUGAUGAUGAUACGAUUUUUAAUAGCAAUGAGCCGGGAGCAAUUGACGUCUCUUGCUCUUCCAUGACCCCAAAUACUCGAGAUAAACAGCUUUCCUUAUUAGAAUCAACUUUAACUAAAGAAUCUUUAGAUAAACUUACUCUGGGAGAAUGGGAUGCAUUAUUAGUGACAAAACCAAUAAUAAUGCCAUCUGAUAAAACAAAUUAUUUUGAUUUGCUAUCAGAUGAGGUCAUUUUGCAUGUACUAAGAUGGCUACCAAAGUCUUAUCUUUUGGAUAUUGCCUUAGUAUGUAAGAGAUUCCACAGGCUCACUCAAGAUGAAACCUUGUGGACUAGAAUGGACGUAUCAAAUAAACAUCUUGAACCUGGUGAACUUGGAAAAUUACUAAGCAAACAAGUUAUAGUUUUAAGACUAGCGAGAUCGUCUAUAAAUUUCCCUCCAAUACUGCCAGGCUUCAAGGCAGCUUCUCCUGACUUUAAAUCAAGACUGCUUUAUUUAGAUUUAAGUAUGGCAUUUGUGUCGCCCCAAUGUUUGACUGUAUUAUUUGGAAAAUGCCGGCGUCUCAAAAAACUAAGUUUAGAAAAUGUACAGGUCAAUGAUGAUGCUCUUAUUGCCAUGUCUGCUAAUAAAGACAUCGAGGUGAUUAAUUUUGCCAUGGCUACGGGCCUGAUGGAGGAUGGUCUUAAAUAUUUAUUAACAAAUUGUAGGAAAAUUAGAGAAUUAAACUUAGCAUGGACAUAUUUAAACACUGCAUGUAUUCAAUAUGUCUGCGAACAUUUACCUCCUACUAUGGAUAGAUUAAAUUUUUCUGGAUGCAGAAAACUUUUGACUGAUAGACAUGUAGUUGACUUAGUUGCAAGCUGUCCACGACUUAGAGAGUUAGAUUUAUCAGAUUGUACAUCUGUAACAGGAGAUUCAGUUCGACAGAUCACAGUAUUAGAGGAUUUAAAUUUUCUUGCACUUUCCAGAUGCUAUCUGAUACCUUACAAAGCAUUAUUAUGUCUCAAAAAAUUAUACAACCUUUCCUACCUCGAUAUCCACGGCGGUUAUAACGACAUAGAUGAAUUGAGACUAAUCCAAGAAGGGCUAGGAGCUAGAGUGCAAAUUAACAAAUUUAAAUUUAGUUCUGUAGCUAGACCAACGGUGGGUAUGAGAAGAUCUAGUAUUUGGAAUAUGCGGGUUAGAGAUUGA